CGGCGGCAGGGGGCGCCAUGCGCCAUGUCAUGGAGGCUCAGUGCGCCGGCGGCCAUUGAGGCGCUCGGAGCGGCGGCCGGAGCGCGGCGUCCCCCGGCUUCCCCCUGCCCGGCCCCGGUGCUCCCGUCCCGGCUCCCGGCGCUCCCCCCGCGGCGGCGGCGUUGACCUCGCGGCCGGAGCCCCCGCCGCGCCCCGCCGCCCUUCCCUCGCUACCGCAGCGCCGCGGGAUGGGGGGGGCCAUGGAGAUGAAGAAGCGCAUCAACCUGGAGCUGCGGAACCGGGCCCCGGAGAAGGUGACGGAGUUGGUGCUCGAUAACUGCAGAUCCAGCAACGGGGAAAUCGAAGGCCUGAAUGAUUCCUUCAAAGAACUGGAGUUCCUGAGCAUGGCCAACGUGGAGCUGACGUCGCUGGCCAAGCUGCCCACAUUGAGUAAGCUCCGGAAGUUGGAGUUGAGCGACAACGUCAUUUCAGGAGGCCUGGAGGUCCUUGCAGAAAGGUGUCCGAAUCUCACAUAUCUAAACCUAAGUGGCAACAAAAUCAAAGAUCUUGGCACUGUGGAAGCUCUUCAAAACCUGAAGAACUUGAAGAGCCUUGACCUGUUCAACUGUGAGAUCACAAACCUCGAGGACUACAGAGACAGCAUCUUCGAGCUGCUUCAGCAGAUCACAUACCUGGAUGGGUUUGAUCAGGAAGACAACGAGGCCCCGGACUCGGAGGAUGAUGAUGAUGAGGACGGAGAUGAGGAUGAUGAUGACGAAGGUGAGGAUGAAGCUGGGCCUCCAGGAGAAUAUGAAGAGGAGGAUGAUGAAGAUGAUGGAGGCUCCGAUCUGGGGGAGGGUGAAGAGGAAGAGGAAGUUGGUCUUUCAUACCUGAUGAAAGAAGAGAUUCAGGAUGAAGAUGAUGAUGAUGACUACGUUGAAGAAGGAGGUGAUGAGGAGGAGGAAGCAGAGGGUGUGCGAGGGGAGAAGAGGAAACGAGAUCCUGAAGAUGAAGGCGAGGAAGAGGAGGAUUAACUUGUUCUAGACACCAGUAGGACCAGCCUCUUCGGUUCCAGAACACGCAAUAGUGAUUAUGCAGAUCUGUAUGUCUCCAUGUACCAUAGAUGUCCCUCCAGAAGAUAAUACGUUAACUUUU